UCCAGAGUUCUGAAAAUCAGAACCCCCUCGAGAGUUUGAUUGACCACUCCAGUGACCCCCCGAGGAGGAUCCGCUGCGGCCGCCGAAGUGUCCGGCGCUGUAGCCGCCGUAUCUACUGCCGCCUCCGUUCCCAUUUCCUCUGCCGGUGCCUUUACCCCUGUUCUUUCCGCGACUCCGAUCGCUGUCUUUCGCUCGACUAUCGACAUAAUUUGCUUCGAUGGGCGGUGGUCCAAGGAUACCAGAGAGAGGAGCCGAGACUGAUUGCUCGUGUAUGCCGGCAUAGGAGCGGCGUUCGUCGUGGCCCAUGAGGAGGGAGCAUUGACAGAGGGCCCUUGCGGAGGUCACGCCAUUGUUGUUCCAGAAGAUCCUCUUGUGCGGCUGUUUGGCUGAGGAAAGCAGUCUCCAAGGAGUGCCAAGCUUCGUGGGACGUCUUGGCAGAAAGGAUGGUGACGCCAAUAUCUUCAGUCACUGCAAGCAUAAUACAGGUCAUCCCGAUUUAUUUCCAAGUUGGAGCUCUUGCUCUGCUUCUUCUCAGUGAACAUGGCAGAACAAACAGAAGCAGAGAAGAAGAAACCGAAGAAGGUGAUGGUGGUGAUAGACGAGAGCGAGUCGAGUUACAAUGCUCUCGUAUGGGUUCUCGACAAUCUGAAGGAAACCAUCUGCUUUUCUUCCACCGAGACAUCUCUUAUCCUCUUCUCUUCGCAGCCUCUUGUCGUUCCCGGCUUCAUCAGCUCUUCUCCAUUCGGCCCUGCUCGCUUGUAUUUCCAUGGCCCUUCAGCAGCAGGCCCGGAAAUACAUAACCCGGCCCAAGAACUGAACAGAAAGGUCUCACUGGGUCUCUUGAAGAAGGCCAAGGAAAUCUGCGCGUGUCAAGGGGUAAAUGCGGAGACAAUGACAGAGACCGGAGAUCCAAAAGCAACCAUCUGCAGCGCGGUACAGAAAUACAAAAUAGAUCUUCUUAUCAUAGGAUGUGAAGAUUAUGGACCCCUGAAGAGGUUUCUCGUGGGGAGUAUGAGUGACUACUGCUUGAAGAAUGCAAAUUGCUCAGUUCUUGUCGUAAAGAAAUCAAAGUAAUUGGGCUCCUUAUGCUGUCAAUUUUCUAAACUCUUUUCUGGUUAUAAGGAAGUCUGUUGCCCGAUACAAGAAUAGAGAGAGUGAAAUAGAGAGCAUUGAAGUUCCAGUACCUUUUAGUUGCGAACCGGCUACUUUUUGCCACUGUACACGAAGCCCCCUUUGUAAAUUUUAACUGUAGGUAGUGGCAUCCUCCUUAUGUGCAGCUUUAAUCAUUUUCUAAGAGAAUGUAAAGUGUGGACGUUGUCAUUUCUACGCGCUAUAGAUAUAUAAAAGCGUCAAUCGACAUACUCAUGUGA